AACUAAUUCAUUUAUAAAUAAAGAAGCCACGAAAACAGAAAGACACAUAAUUCAAUCCAUCACUUCUCAUUAACACAACACAAAAACACAAUACCAUUUCCAAUGGCUUAUCUUCACAUUCUCUUAACCCUCUCUCUUCUCUCUCUCAUCACAUUAUCUUCUUCCAAUCCAAACACAAACACUAUCACACUUUCUCUCUCCCCUAUAUUCACCAAAUCCCCAUCUUCAGAUCUAUUCCACUCUCUCAAAAAAGCAACUUCAUCUUCUCUAAAAAGAGCUCACCACCUCAAAACCCGCAAAUUAAGUAAAAAAAACUCUCCUUCUUCUUCUUCCACCAUAAACACACAAGUAUUUGCAAAAAGCUACGGUGGUUACUCAAUAAACCUCAAUUUUGGAACACCACCACAAACCUUAUCUUUCGUUUUAGACACAGGUAGCAGUCUCGUAUGGUUCCCUUGUACCUCUCACUACCUCUGUUCCAAUUGCAACUUCGCAAACAUUAACCCAACAAAUAUCCCAACCUUCAUUCCCAGUAAAUCAUCUUCCACAAGAAUCAUCGGUUGCACAAACAAAAAAUGCGGUUACGUUUUCGGCUCCAACAUUGAAUCUCGUUGCCAAGGUUGCAAUCCCCAAUUUCAAAACUGUAACAACAUUACUUGUCCUACUUAUAUACUUGAAUACGGUUUAGGUUCAACCGCCGGUUUAUUACUCUCUGAAAAUCUCGAUUUUCCGGGAUAUAUCGUACCGGAUUUUCUCGUCGGUUGUUCGAUUUUCUCGACCGAACAACCCUCCGGUAUCGCCGGAUUCGGUCGCGGCGCAGAAUCUCUUCCGGCGCAAAUGGGUCUAACAAAAUUCUCUUAUUGUUUACUUUCUCACAAUUUCGACGACACGCCGGUAAACAGUAACCUCGUUCUGCAAACCACUUCAACCGGCGAUGGUAAAACAAGUGGCUUAAACUACACAACGUUUGUACAAAACCCAUCCAUGAGCAACCCUGCAUUUCUCGAAUACUAUUAUGUUAAUCUUCGAAGUUUUCUUAUAGGAGGUACACGUGUUAAGAUUCCGUUUUAUCUUUCUUCACCGGGAAUGGACGGUAACGGUGGAACAAUCGUUGAUUCUGGAACAACGUUCACUUUUAUGGAAAGACCAAUCUUCGAUUUGGUGGCACGACAAUUUGAAUUGCAACUUGCUAAUUUUCCGAGAGCGACAGAUAUUGAAGCUGCAUCGGGGUUUAAUCUCUGUUUUGAUUUCACCGGCAAUAAUUCGAUACCGUUUCCGGAGUUAGUAUUUCAAUUUAAAGGUGGUGCUGAAAUGGUGUUGCCUGUAGAUGAUUAUUUCUCGUUGGUCGGUGAUGGAGGGAAUGUUGCGUGUUUGACUAUUAUGACCGAUGGGAAUUCUGUUCCGGCAACGAAUACUGGUCCGGCGAUGAUUUUGGGGAAUUAUCAACAGCAGAAUUUUAUUAUUGAGUUUGAUUUGGAAAAUGAAAGGUUUGGAUUUGGGGCACAUAUUUGUCAAAGUAAUGCUUAAUUUAAUUUUUUAAUCUUAAUUUGACAGCUUGGAAAUAAUAAUAGUGGUGCAUCAUUGCAUGUGACAGCAUUUUCAGCGGCGCUGAAAAAUGAACAUCACGGUGGUCAUCGAACUGCAUGGUUGUUACCAUGUGGUGUGGCGGCGAAGUUAGUUUUUAAAAUUACUAUUUACAUUUUUAUUUAUUUAUUUAUUGUUUAUGGGGUCAAUGGGGUAAACAUAAUAAGAGAAACCAAAUCCCCUUUGGCUUUUCCUUUUUAUUUUGCUUUUGCAUAAAGUUACCAAAGUUAAGAUUACAUAAAUUAUUGCCAGCUUAGUUAUUGAUUUACAUCAAAGCAAAUAUAUAAAGUCGUAUUAGUCACAUGUUA